CGACGCGCUGUCACGUGACGAGGAACCAGCUGCGCCUCACGUGACCCCCGGCUCCGCCCCCUCAUCCCGCAGCCCGGUCAUCCCGCGCUCCCGCCACCAGAUUCCAGUGGAGUUGAUCUCCAUCACAAGAAGCUGAUCAAGCGGACGUUCCUCUGUUGUGAGCUCGCCUGCGCCUCCAUUGAGACUGUAUCCGCCUUUCCAACAUGUCGUAUGGCUCUGUUGAUGGCAGUGGAUUUGGAAGCCGAAACCCCUUUGGUGGACCCACAACUCAAGGAUACCAACCUCUAGCCACCCAGAUUGAUCCCAAUGAGCUUGAAGAGCUGUUCCAGAUCACUUCUGGGGAUGUGUUUAGGAUAAAUUCUAACGUACAGUCUCUGGAGAGAAACCUGCGCUCCUUGGGGACUCCUAGUGAUACACAAGAGCUCAGAGACCGCCUGCAUUUCACACAGCAGGAAACCAAUAACAUCAUAACUUCCAGCACCAAAUCUAUUCUGCAGCUCUCCGAGAUUGUGAAAGGCUCCACCCGGCAAGAUCGUCUGCAGCUGGACAGACUGAAGAGCCAGCUAUCGGAGGCCAUCCAGCGCUACAGUGCCGAGCAAAAUAAAAUAGCUGAUAAAUCCAAGUCCUUACUGAGCGGCAGCGGCCAGAAACCUCACAAACAAAGCCCUCGGACCCCCUUCUCUGAUAUUGCGGACGAUGAAAAGAUCUUCAAUGGUGGUGAUGAACAGUGGCAGAACCAGAGUCAGAGCCAGGACCUGUCUGAGAUCACAGAGGAAGAUCUUGACCAGAUCCGCCAGAAGGAAGAGGCUAUAAAGGAAAUUGAGAGUGAUAUGUUAGAUGUCAAUCAGAUAAUGAAAGAUUUGGCGUCUAUUGUGUACGAGCAAGGUCACGAUAUAGAUAGCAUUGAAGCCAAUAUUGAGUCUGCUUCAUCUCAUGUAGAAUCUGCCAAUCGCCAGUUGGCCAAAGCAAGUCAGCACCAAAGGCGCAACUUUAGAAUGGCCUGUGCACCUCGGAAGAGAAAGGAGAAAUUUUCUCCCCUUGAACUUGAAAUUUUGGUGGCCGAAGUAACCAAAAAUCACUCAAAACUCUACGGAAGCGAGAGGGUAAACCUGAGCCAACCAGCCCGAGAGAGGAUCUGGUUAGAAAUCGCCAAGAAAAUAAACGCAGUGGCACGAUCUCCAAGAACAACUAGAGACUUGAGAAGGAGGUGGGACGACAUGAAAAGACGGACUAAGGAGAAACUGGCCAUCAUAAAACGGUCGGUUGUGACCACAGGUGGCAUGACUAGGAACUCUAGCCCUUCACUUUUACAUAAUGAUUCAUAUAGUGAUGUUUAUCCUGGAUGUGGAGGUGAUGACGACGAUGACGACCAUGAUGACGUUGAUGUGGAAAUUGACACCCCACAUAUAGCUCUGGAGCUUCAGUCAGAUGAGGAGGAAAAUGGCCCUGGUUGUACAUGGGUGCCUCUAAAAACUAUAGAAAUGGUUUCAAACGAGCCCGAUAUGUCUGAUCAUCCUGUGAUCAUUCAGACCUCUGCUUCUUCUCCGUCUCCUCCAUCGUCUCCGCAGAACCUGAUGAAAUCCACCUACGUGAGGAGACUCUCGGCAGCAACUCCGAACCCGCAUAGGAAACAAGAAAUCUCUGAUUUUGAAAAACAGUUGAUGGAGGGUCAGAUACAACAAAACACACUUUUAACUUCUUGGUAUCAGCAACAAACUUCCCUUAUGGUGCAACAAAACCUCAUACUGGAGAACCUUGUAGAGCAAAGCCGACGCUUGGCGGACAAUGUGGAGAAUUUAAACCGGACCUUGGAAAAAAUGGUGGAUGGUAACCAUUUACACAGGGAGACUGUUCAUUUUAUACAGGAGCGUAAGAAAAGUCCUCCUACCCGAAAUGCCACCCGAGUAGUUAGUGGCGAAUCAGGGGGUCCCUCGGGAGUGGAAGUAUACUCUGGUAUGAUCUUGAAAGUCGAAGAGGAACAGUAGUCUUGUUUUUUAUUUCUAUGGACAACUUUUUUUUUUUUUUUCUUUCAAAAAGUUAAUGACUUAAGAACAAUUUUUGUAUUCAUGGACAAUUGGAAUUUUUUUUUUUUUUUUUUUUGCUAAAUCUAUAGUGGACAGAGACUUUACUUAUACAUUGCAUACAUAGAGCCAUUUUUGUAGGUUGUGAGAUACACAUUGGGCAUAUUUUCUAUCUGGAUUUAUCGGUUUGUGAGAAAAUAUUUUGUACGUGUUCUUUUUAUUCUAAGAUAAUAUUUUUCUUACAAAAAUUUGAAAAAAAAAAAUCUAAAAAAAAUUUGAAAACAGAAAAAAAAAAAAUUACCUACAUGUAUUUAUCCUGCUGAAUAAGUAGUCCAACUAAACGGAAUGCGUAACCAAUGUAUAAGUAGCUAAUAAGAGGACUGUGUCGGAACCGCACUACAGAGCAGCAUUACCCAGCCGACGCCAUUUCCUAGCAAUAUGACGUGCCUUGUGGAGGCAUAUAUAUGCAGAGUUUGUUUUUCUGUUUUUUUUUUUUUUUUUUUUUAACAAUCCAAAAAUAUUUCCAUUUAAAAACCAACCUUUAGCUGAACAUUGAAAAAUGUAACAUUCUUUUUUUUUUUUUAUUUUAUUAAAUUUUUGCUUUAGUUUUUGUUUAAGACUGGUGCAUUGUACCGAUAAUUAAAGGGGUCUUCUGAUUUUAAAAGGAUUGUGUUAAGAAUAAAAAAAGUUAUACUCACCAGUGGAGUCGAGUGAAUCGACAGCAAGAUAAUGAGGAACCCAGAUCCAUUGGAAUUGUUAAAGGGGUACUCCGCCCCUAGACAUCUUAUCCCCUAUCCAAAGGAC